UCUUCUGAUACUAAGCCCAACGAAGUUGCUUUGCGCUGUUUCGGACUGGUUGGGAGAUGGCGGCAGUUCUGCUCCAAGUUUUGGAGCGUACAGAGCUUAAUAAACUUCCUAAAGCUGCUCAAAACAAAUUAGAAAAGUUCCUUACUGACCAAAAGAAUGAAAUCGAAUCCCUCAAAACGCAGCACGAGCGGUUCAAAGCGGACUGUGAGCAGCAAUACUUUGACGUUGAGAAGAGAUUGGCAGAGAGUCAGGAGCAGAUUGUGUCUCACACCCGGAAUUACCAGACUCUCAAAGAGGAGAAUACCAAACUCAUCGAAGAGCUGAACAAUCUGAAAGGUGUGGAUGUGGAAUCGUCAGAGGAGAAGGAAUCACAGCAGCCGAGCAAAGCCAAAUAUGAGAUUGAGGCCGAAAGGCGGGAACUGGCUCGUCUGCUUGAAAAGAGAACUCAAGAAGUGGAAAAUCUCACCGAGGAUGUCAAGCGGCUCAAUGACAAGCUGGUGGAGACCAACACAGCCAAAAUAGAUCUACAGCUCAAACUGGAUGACAUCCAAUCUUCUGAGGUCUCCAUUCAGCACCGUGAGAAACGUAUGGAGCAGGAGAAGGAGCUGCUGCAGAAUCAGAACACGUGGCUGAACUCUGAACUGAAGACCAAGACAGAGGAGCUGCUAUCAGUCUCCAGGGACAAGGGCAAGGAGAUCCUGGAGCUCAAGUGCAGCUUUGAGUGCAAGAAGGACGAGGUCACAAGACUUCAAACCCAAGUCACCAAUCUGAAGAAGAGCAGUGAGAACCUGCAGAAGCGAGUGGAGGACCUGAUGACAAAACUGAAAGAGGCUAAAGACCAUCAUAGCACCAUGGAGGAGAAGUACCGCAAUGAACAGAAUGCCCACAUCAAGCUCUCCAACUUGUACAAGGGGUCAGCGUCAGAUGCAGAGUCCAAGAACGAGGAGUUGAACAGGGCCGUGGAGGAGCUGCACAAGCUGGUGAAGGAAGCUGGUGAUGCGAGACAGAACAUGGAGAAGAAGCUGGCAGACAUGGAGGGGUCAAAGAGCAAACAGGAGGCUGAGAUGAAGGAGAAGUUUAAGAAGAUGGAGCUGGAGAACGCCAACCUGCGUGCCUCAGAUAAGAAAAGAAGCAUGCCAGUGCUCACAGAGGAAGAGUUGGACUCCAUGUGUCCGACCGCAGCUGCUGUGGCCAAGAUUGUCAAGCCUGGAAUGAAGUUCAUGGAGCUGUACAACGCAUUCGUGGACGUCCAGGACCAGUUGCUCGUGGAGAAGCAGGAGAACCGGCGUGUGACGCGCGUGCUGGACGAGAUCGUGCAGGAGGUGGAGGAGAAGGCGCCCAUCCUAAAGCGCCAGCGGGAGGAGUAUGAGAGCAUGCAGAGGUCCAUGAACAGCCUCUGUGCCAAACUGGAACAGGCCAGGACGGAGAUCCACAGCCUGCAGAAAGAGACAGAUGAGGCCAAAAAGCACUGCUCCAACCUGGAGAAGGACAACCAGCACUCUGAGAGAGAGCUGGAGGACAUGUCCCAGCAGGUGCGCGUCCUGCUAGUGGAGCUGGAGGAGGCGCGUGGCAACCCGGUGGUCCGCGAGGAGACGAUGAACCUGAGCAGCAGCUCUGAGAUCAUCAACCCGCGGCAGGUUUCCUUCCGCAGUGUGGAGGAGUUGCAGCGGCAGAACCAGAGCAUGCUGGCACGUCUCCGGGAGCUGGGGGAGAAGAUGGAGAGAGAGCAGACCGAGGCCAAGUCCGCACGUGUGACCCAGCUGGAACAGCAGCUAGAGAAGGUCCAGAAGGAGCUGGAGAUUAUAAAGGAGCAGAGAAACCAGCAAAAGCAGUUGGCUGACUCCAACGGCCGCCAGAGAGACAUGUACCGCAUCCUGCUGUCCCAGAGCACCGGCUUCAACCUCCCACCACAAGGUCCUACACAGGAGGCAGCCCCCCAGACGUACACCCCCAGCCGGCCCUCCUUCCCCCCUCCCACCAGGUCCACCCCCAUGAGGGCUUCAGCCGCUGAGUCUUCCCAGACCAUCCAGGCCAAGGCUGCUCUCAAACAGUUGAACGACUCCUUCACCACAUACAAGAAUGAGAAGGCGGUGAACGACAGGAUGCUGAAUGAGCAGAACGAGAAGCUACAGGAGCAGCUGUCUGCGGUCCGCUCCCAGAAGGCCAAGCUCUCCACACAGCUGGAGUUCGCCUCCAAGAGGUACGAGAUGCUGCAGGAGAAUGUAAACGGCUACAGGCGGGAGAUCGCUGCUCUGCACGAUAAGAGCCAGAAGAUGGCCGCCACGGCUCAGAAACAUGAGCAGAUCAUCCACACCAUGACCCAGGAUCUCCGGGCAGCCAAUGAGAAGCUGGCCAUGGCAGAGGUGCGUGGUGAGAACCUGAAGAAAGAGAGAGACAUGCUGAAGUCAGCAGAGUCCAGACUGAACCAGGAGAAGGAAGCCAUGAUGGCUGAGCAGCGCAACCAGAACCUCCUGCUCACCAACCUCAAGUCCAUCCAGCUGACGAUGGAGCGUACUGAGACCGAGACCGGGCAGCGUCUGAACAGCCAGAUAGAGAGACUGGAGAGAGAGCUCACCCAGUUUAAGAAGAAACUGGCUGAGGAGGUGGAGCAGAGGCACACGCUGGGCCGUAACCAAGAUGCUCAACUGCUGGAGGCCAAGAAGCAGCUAGAGGCCCAGUGUGCCCUGCACCAGAAGACCAAGGAGCUUUUGAAGAAUGCUGAGCAGCAGGCUAACCUUCUGAAACAACAGCUCAGCCAUGCUGAGAGCCAGAACCAGGGUUCAGGUCUGGGCCAGGGUCAGAGCCUGGGCCAGACCAACUCCCGGGCACCCAUCAGAGCACCGUUAAGAGCUCCAUCUCAGACCCUAGCUCAGGCCCAGUCCCAGGCUACCCAGGAAGCCCAGGCCAAGCUCCAGGCAGAACUAGAGGAGGUGCGCGGGCGUCUGCAGCAGGCCGAGAAGCAGAUCAGCGAUCUGCAGGAGCGCCUGCAGAACGCGAGCACUAACGUGGAGCAGUACCGCAUCGUGGUGCUCAGCCUGGAGGAGUCCCUCAGCAAAGAGAAACAGGCUCGUUCUCCUGUGGAGACUCGUCUAAAGGAGGCCCAGGAGUUCCAGCGUGGGCUGGAAAAGAAGCUGGUGGAGGCUGAGAAGGAGAAACAGGAGCUCCGUGAGGAGAAGAGGAAGGCCGUGGACAUUGUGGAGAAACAGGUGAAUGAGCUGAAGAGGACUAUGAAAAACUUGCAGUCAGAGCUGCAGGAGGCUGAGGAGAGGAAGGCUGCAGCCGUCACCCAGGAACAGAAGGCCAUGCAGGACAGCCUGCAGCAGGGCAAGCUGGCAGCGGAGGCCCAGAACAAGUAUGAGCGGGAGCUGAUGCUGCAUGCGGCUGAUGUGGAGGCGCUACAGGCGGUCAAGAAACAAGGCCUGCAGGGGAACCAGAGCAGGAAGCAGCUGGAGGACAAGGCCAAACAGAUCACCACCCAGCUACAGGAGGCUCGCACCAACUGGAACCAGCUGGAGAAGAAACUCAAGGAGGACCUGUCCAAGCAGCAGAAGCGGGCAGAUGAGCUGCAGAAGCAGAAUGGCCUGCUGCACCAGCAGAUGGAGAGCCUGGGAGCCAAAAUGGCCGCCACAGUACAGCAGCAGCAACAGGCUAGUAGGGAGAGCAGCCUCAACCUGUCCUUCAGCGAAGAGGGCAAGUCCCAGGAACAGAUCCUGGAGAUCCUCAGGUUUGUGCGUCGUGAGAAGGAGAUCGCAGAGACACAGUUUGAGGUGGCAGAGGUUGAGACACAGCGCUACAAACAACAGGUUGAACACCAGGACCGCGAGCUGAAGGAACUACAAGAGAGCCUCAACGCUGAGAGAGAGAAACUACAGCUGACAGCGAAGACCAUGGCCCAGCACGAUGAGAAAAUGAAGAGGAUGGAGAACUUAAACGUGCUGGUGGAGACCAACAAGAUGCUGAAGGAGGAGAGGGAGAGGCUGGAACAGGAGCUGCACCAGACCCAGGCUAAAGUGCGUAAGCUGGAGGCGGACAUCACUCCCCUGCAGGACUCCAACUCUGAGCUGAGUGAGAAGAAUGGCAUGCUGCAGGCUGAGAAGAAACUGUUGGAAGAGGACUGCAAACGCUGGAAGGCCCGCACACAGCAACUGGUGAGCCAGCAGAAGGACACAGACCAGGAGGAGAACAAGAAGCUGCACUCUGAGCGAGAGGCCCACCUCAAACGCAUCCAGCAGCUCUCUGAGGAGACUGGGAGACUGAAGGCUGAGGUGGCCAGGACCCAUGCGUCGGUGACCACAGCCCAGAGCCAGGCGCAGAACCUGAAGGAGAUUCUGGGCAAGGUGACCACCGAGAGGGAUGCGAAGACCCUGGACAUCCAGGAGAAGUACAAGACCAUCACGCAGGUCAAGAAAAUCGGACGACGUUACAAGACGCAGUAUGAGGAGCUCAAAGUGCAGCACGACAAGCUGGUGGCGGAGGCAGCAGCCAAGCCAGCCCAGGAGGAGGUGCUGCAGGCCGUGCAGCAGGCCCAGCUGCAGGCUCAACAUGCCCAGCAGGCCUCUGCCCAAGAGAUCCAGAGCCUGAAGGACUCCCUCAGCCAGGCUGAGACCAAGGUCAAAGACCUGGAGGGACAACUGAAAAACGUACAGGAGACAGUGAAUGAGCGCAACACAGAGAUGGGGCGUCUGAGACAGGAGCUGACCCGGCUCCAGGAACAGUCUGCACAGGGGACACAGAGUGAAGUGACCCGGCUGAAACAGGAGCUGACCCGGCUCCAGGAACAGUUUACCCAGGCCCAGGGGACCCAGGGUGAAGUGACCCGUCUGAAACAGGAGCUGACCCGGCUCCAGGAACAGUCUACCCAGGCCCAGGGGACCCAGGGUGAAGUGACCCGGCUGAAACAGGAGCUGACCCGGCUCCAGGAACAGUCUACCCAGGCCCAAGGGACCCAGGGUGAAGUGACCCGGCUGAAACAGGAGCUGACCCGGCUCCAGGAACAGUCUACCCAGGCCCAGGGGACCCAGGGUGAAGUGACCCGGCUGAAACAGGAGCUGACCCGGCUCCAGGAACAGUCUACCCAGGCCCAGGGUGAAGUGACCCGGCUGAAACAGGAGCUGACCCGGCUCCAGGAACAGUCUACCCAGGCCCAGGGGACCCAGGGUGAAGUGACUCGGCUGAAACAGGAGCUGCAGGAGAAGACUGCUCAGGAGGAGUCGCUACGGCAACAGAUGGCCGACAAGGAGGAGAAGACCAAGAAGGUCUUCAUGGGAGCCAAGCAGAAGAUCAACCAACUCAACAUUGCAAAGGAGCAUCUGACCAAGGAGGUGGAGGAGCUGAAGCAGCAGCGGGAGGAGCAGGAGGUGCGUCUGAGUGCUCUCAAGUCCCAGUAUGAGGGCCGUCUGCACCGACAGGACCGAGAGAUCAGGGAGCUCCGAGACCACCGUGACGAACAACCUCAUAGAGACGAGUCCCAGGACCAGGGGAAAAAUAAGACCCAGGAGCAGCAGCAGAGAGCUCCAGAACAGAGGCAGAUCAACCAGAGGACUUCCCAAGCUGCAGACAGGGGAAGUGGUUCUUCCGGCUCUUCAGAGCAGCCCCCCACUGCCAACAUCAAACCCACCACAGUGUCGGGCGGUGCCCCCAGUAAACCUUCCCCCAUCCCCGGGAACAAGUCCACCCCCAGGGCCAGCAUCCGACCCAUGGUGCCCAUAACCAUGCCCACACCCACGGCCACUGUCAUGCCCCAUACACAGUCUGAAAGCCAGGAAGUGCUGCAGUCCUCUGAGGGUGGAACCCCUGUGGAACACGUGUCUGUGUUCGGCAGCACCAGCGGCUCUGUCCGCUCCACCAGCCCUAGCGUCCAGAACAUCACGCACUCUCAGUUUCAGCCAAUCAGCAGCCAGGCCACCGCCUUCGUCCAGCCAACCCAGCAACAGCAGGCCCCGCCCACCGCUGAGCCGGCCAGUCAGGAGACCGAGGCGGGCCCUAGUGGUCAAGUGGAGAGGCCCUCCACGUCUACGGCUGUAUUUGGCUCCGCUAUUGCUACAGGGGGCUCUGCUGGGCCAAAGCGUGCCCGCGAGGUGGAGCUGGAGGCUCGGGCAGAGAGCCCUGACACGGCCCUGGAGAACCCAGACGAACCACCCAUCCCCAAGAAGCUCCGUAUCAUCCAGAGAGUGGGCCUGGAGGAGGAGAAUGAAGAGGGCACUGAUGGAGAGGCUGAGGGGUCAGGGGAGAACCAGGAGACUCCAGACGGCAGCCAGGAGCUACCAGACGUGUCCUUUCCUGUACUGGGAGAGGUGGAGGAAGAGGAUGACGGGGUGUCCCAGUCUGUCCCCUCAGACCACCAGGUGACCCACCAACCCUCUGACACCCAGGACUCCAGCGAAGAGCGCCAGCCUGACGUCAUCAUCAUCGACACAGACAGCUCCAGUCGAGAAGAAGAAGAGGAAGAGGAGGAGGCAGAGCAGUAUGAGGAAGAGGUGGAGGAAGAGAAGGAUGAUGAUGAUGAUGAUGAUGACGAGGACCAGGGGAUGGGAAGAGAGGAGAGCAACGAGGGGAGCGGAGACGCCAACGAGCCGUUUGAAGGAGACGAGACGGGCCCUGAGACCUCGGAGCCUGCCUCGGAGAACGAGGAGAGCAUGGGAGCUAUAGACUCCACCUCCCAGAAACAGGCUGACUCGCAAAGCGGUGAGGGGAGCAGCAGUACCACCGAAUCCUUCCCCAUGGCCAUGUCCGACCCCCCCAAAGAACUACUACAGCCUACCGCUAGUACUACCAGCACUUUCUCCUUCUCUACCUCCCCCUUCUCCCCCUCCUCCAGCCUGCGCCUGCCCCAGUCCGUCCCCCGCCGACCCCCACACCCCCUGCCCCCACGCCUCUACAUCCAGCCCCCCGGCACUGAGCUGGGCCUGGGACCUCCACCCACACAGAGGCUGUCUGCGCCAAUCCGCCGGCAGUCUGUAGGCAGAGGACCCCAGCUCACGCCUGGGAUAGGCAACAUGCAACACUUCUUUGAUGACGAUGACAGGAUGGUCCCCAGUACGCCCACGCUGGUGGUGCCCCACCGGACUGAUGGCUUUGCUGAGGCCAUCCAUUCUCCCCAGGUAGCAGGAGUUCCCAGGUUCAGGUUUGGUCCUCCUGAAGACAUGCCUCAGGCCAGCUCGUCCCACUCUGACCUCGGACAGCUCGCCUCACAAGGAGGUCUGGGGAUGUACGAGAGUCCUCUGUUCCUGGCCGCUCACGACGAGGAGUCUGGAGGGAGGAGUGUUCCCACCACGCCCCUGCAGGUUGCUGCCCCAGUGACGCUCUUCAAUGAAUCCCACCCCUCUGAUGCCCAGGACAUGGCAUCCCAGUCUGUUCCCAUGGUGACAACAUCCACGAGCCACCACGGGCUGGCAGUCCCCGGCGGAGAGGCCGUCCCAGGAGAUGACGGGGACGAGGUGUUCAUGGAGGCAGAUAGUGAAGGUAGGAGUGGUGAAGCGUCCAUGGAUAGCCAGGCUGAGAUGGACUCUGCCCAGCCGUCAGACGAUGCCAGUCUGCCCUCCACAAGCCAGGAGCCCACCUCCAGCUCUGCCGACACCAGCAGUAGUGUGCAGCCCAAGCCCUCCGGCCGCCCCUUGGCCCAGCACUCUCUGCCCAUGAGGACAGCCAACAGGGGCAGGGCGCUCAUCCGCAGAGGAGGUAUGGGGUUCCUUCGAGCAGGAAGAGGCCCCUUCGGUAGAGGAAACCUACCCCGCUAAUGAUGCCAUUGUGCACUGCUCCACCCCCCUCCCUUCGUCCCAACUAUCAAUCAGUGUCUUGGUCUACUUAAAAAAUUCAACUAAUUUGUGAUGGACUUCUUCCCUAACUUUGUGUCAGUGGAUACCAUACAUUUUAGUUGUUUUGUAUUUGUUUCAAGAAGAGUAAUUGUUCCAUUGCUUUUGUUUUUGCUAAUAAACUUUGAGAAAAAUAAAAUGUU